AUGAGUUCGAGUGCAGUUUUUUUGGUUUUGUCAAUCGGGUUUACCGUUGCAUGUGGAUUAGACUUGCUUAGACCAGUUAGACCUGAUGGUAUUUAUCCAAAUUUAGCAAGAAGAAGUGACAUAAUAAUGUCACCAGAUCGUUUGGCUACAAUGCUAAUAAAUCGAAGGAAUUUAAUGAAACGAGAUAGUACAAUAAAAUAUAUGACGAUCCCAAAAAUACCUGAAGUAAAUCCUGUUGAUCAAGUCGUUAAUUCAGAUUCUGUACCAUCGUUAGUUAAACGAUGUGUUUGUAAUAAAAAAUGUACGUGCUCCGAUUCACAAACAAAUGUAGAAAAUCGUGAAGUUGGGGAAACAGAAAUGAUGGAAUCUUCAACUAGCUCAUCACAAAGCGAAAUAAAUGAAAUGAAUUCAGAAAAAAAGGAAUCUUCAUAUUACUCAUCACAAAGUGGAUCUGAAGAAACUGGAAGUAUGGAUUCGGGUACACGAUCUAUGUGCUCUGGUUCAAAAACCAAUGCAGAAAACCGCGAGGUUGGGAAAACAGAAAAAAAUAAAUCUUCAUCUUGCUCAUCAAACAGUGAAACUGAUGGAAUGGUAAAAAAGGAAUCGAAAUCAGAAAAAAAAAAAUCUUGUUCUUGCUCAUCGGACAAUGGAUCUGACAAAAAGGGAAAAAAGGAUUCGAAAUCAGAAAAAAAGAAAUCUUGUUCUUGCUCAUCGGACAAUGGAUCUGACGAAAAGGGAAAAAAGAAUUCGAAAUCAGAAAAAAAUAAAUCCUCAUCUCGCUCAUUAGACAAUGAAUCUGAGGAAAAGGGAAAAAAAGAUUCGAAAUCAGAAAAAAAGAAAUCUUGUUCUUGCUCAUCGGACAAUGGAUCUGACGAAAAGGGAAAAAAGGAUUCGAAAUCAGAAAAAAAGAAAUCUUGUUCUUGCUCAUCGGACAAUGGAUCUGACGAAAAGGGAAAAAAGGAUUCGAAAUCAGAAAAAAAGAAAUCUUCAUCUUGCUCAUCUGACAGUGGAUCGGUAGAAAAGGGAAAGAAGGAUUCGAAAUUAGAAAAAAAGAAAUGUUCAUCUCGAUCAUCAGAUAAUGGAUCUGACGAAAAAGGAAAAAAUGAUUCGAAAUCAGAAAAAAAGAAAUCUUCAUCUUGCUCUUCUGACAGUGGAUCUGUAGAAAAGGGAAAAAAGGAUUCGAAAUCAGAAAAAAAGAAAUCUUCAUCUUGCUCAUCAGACAAUGGAUCUGACGAAAAAGGAAAAAAGGAUUCGAAAACAGACAAAAAUAAAUCUUCAUCUUGCUCAUCGGGCAAUGGAUCUGACGAAAAGGGAAAAAAGGAUUCGAAAUCAGAAAAAAAGAAGUCUUCAUCUUGCUCAUCACACAGCAAAUCUGAUGAAAAGGGAAAAAAGGAUUCGAAAUCAGAUAAAAAGAAAUCCUCAUGUAGCUCGUCAGAAAAUGGAUCAGACGAAAGGGGAAAAAACGAUUCUGGUAAGAAAUGCAAGUGCUCUGAUUCAAAAACAAAUGUAGAAAAUCGUGAAGUUGGGAAACAAGAAAAAAAGAAAUCUUCAUCUUGCUCAUCACACAGUGGAUCUGAAAAAACGGGAAAAAAUGAUUCGAAAUCAGAAAAAAAGAAAUCUUCAUCUUGCUUAUCACGCGGUGGAACUGAUGAAAUGAGCUCUAAUUCAGACUCAGGAGAAGAAAACGAUCAAAUGAAGGGAAAUACACGUACAUAUUCGGAGUCAAAUACUGAAGAAGAGAACCGUGGAAUCAUGAAAAAUGAAAAUAAAAAAUCAUCGAAGUCAUCGCGCAAUGAAAACUGCAAAUGUGGAACAAACGAAUCGAGUAUUGGCCGGAGUUAUUCUGACCAAGAAAACCGUGAAAUUAUGAAAAAAGAAAACAAUAAAAACUCAUCUUCAUUAACACGCAGUGAAAGUGGUGUAUCUGGAAUACGCAAAUCGAAAAAUCAACAAAAUAAUUAUUCUGAGACGGAUACUGACGAACAAGACAAUGCAUUGAUGGUAAAUGAAAAAAACAAAUCUUCAUCUUCAUUAUCACACGGCGGACGCGGUCAAAAUGGAAUUAACAAAUCGGGUAACCAAUAUAGUACAUUUGAAUCCGAAACAAAUGAUGAAUCUAGGCAAAUGAUGGAUAGGAAAAAUAACAAGUCGUCAUCAUCUUCAAUGACACGCGGCGAAAGUAGUCAUAAUGGAAAAAACAUGUCGGGUAGCCAAUAUAGUACAUAUGAAUCAGAAACAGAUGAUGCAAUUAGGCAAACGAUGGACAAGAAAAAUAAUAAAUCGUCAUCUUCGAUGACACGUUAUGGAAGUGGUAACGAAGAAAUAAAUAAUUCGUAUAAUCAAGAAAAUAACUAUUCUGAGUUGGACAAUGAGCAACAAGACAAUGAAAUUACGUCCAAUAGAAAAGGGGAUACUUCAUCUUCAUCGUCACGUUGUGGAUGUGGCAAAAAUGCAGUAAACCAAUCGGGGUUAGAAUAUAGUAGUUCUGAAUCAGAAGUAGAUGAAGAAAUGACAGAAUCAAUGAAGAAGCAACGAAAUGAAUCAUCUUUGACUUCGUCGUCAGGUUAUCAACGAAGCAUCGCAGAGUCAAAUGCUGCACGUGGAGAAUCAAACAAAAUUAUGAAAAAGGAACGAUCCUCGGCGUCUUUAUCGUACAGCCAAGGAGGUGAAAAUGCAAUGGAAAAAGCGAAAAUGGAAAAAUCGAAAUCUUCUUCUACUCGCAUCUCAGAAGGUAAAAAGGAAAUGAACAUAGCGACCCAAAAAUCAGAAUCGAAUCAGAUUGAACGCAAUUUGAAUUAUAGCAAAAAUGAUAGUCAAGAAGAAGAGGAAGACUACUCCAAAUGCGACUGUCAAUAA